AUCCGUGACACUCUACAGAUGGUGUGGGUUCUGAAUGGAAAAUCUUUAAUAACAUCUCCCUCUACCAACAAUGUCAAGCCUGUCACUCUUGGAAUAGUAACAUGUAGAGACACAGAAUUUCACAAUGAAGAAAAAGGUAAUAUGGUUUACCUGGAAAUCAAGAGCAAAAAUCUAUGUCUCUUCUGUGAAGAAAUUCAAGGCAAGCCUACUUUGCAGCUAAAGGAGAAAAAGAUCAUGGAAUUGCUGGAGGAGAAAGCACAGAAGCCUUUUCUCUUUUUCCACAAUAAGGAGGGUUCCACCUCUGUCUUUGAGUCUGUUGCCUACCCUGGCUGGUUCAUAGCCACGCCCCCCACAGCGGGACAGCUUGUCACCCUCACCCAGGAGCGGGACAUAACUACUAACACGAACUUCUACUUAGAUCUCUUGAAUUAA